GAGCCCUGUUCAGGAGUGAGAAACCUGACACAGUGCUUCAUUAACUCAAGGGGGUCCAUGAGGAGGGGUGUCGCCUGUCCUUUCAAAUGGUAGAGGUGGAGAAAGGGUGAUCUGGUCCCAAUGGUGUCCCUGGAGGGUACCAUCGGCCUGUUGGCUGUGCUCUUCACAACCCACUUCCUGGUUUACUCUGAUGGCUUCAUCAGCCAAGCUGUCCUCCAAGCAACCAUGGACAAGAGACAGGGAGGAGGCGGGGGGAAGAUGGAAGAAACAUUUGUGGCUUCAUCAACAGGGGAAGGCAUGGAGGUGAUCGACAUGGCAGAGAGCGAGGACUCCCAACUGCUGGGGAAUGCGGCCGUGAAGGACAUGUUGCUGGACUUAGCCGUCUCUCUGAACACAGCCAGUGUCAUGCUGUUUUUUUUAUGCGUGACAUAGAGCCCGAAGUCUUAGCAAUGGUAAUGGAUGAAGACAACAUGAACAUCUACUUGUGCUUCAUGAUUGCCUUCUGAGAAGCAGCUGUGGCUUCAUCGCUCGUGUCCAGGGACUUUUGGGGCUCCACCGGAGAACAGGGGCUUUUGUACCAGCUACACACACCUCCACAUUCAUGGCCCCCCGAGAACAAUAAAACCUCUGACCAAA